UUCUUGUUUAGAUUCCAAUUUGAAUCAAUUUGGCUUUUAAGAAACUUAAUCAAAAAGAUCAAUGGCUAUUUGAAACAUUGUAGUUUGUUUUUCACUACUAAUAAUAGGUUAAGUGAUAAUUCAACGGGGACGGGGACCUAACACAACGGUUAGGCAAAUCUGAAUUUUACCUAGUAACGAUUAUCUACCCUUCUCCAUUGCUAUAGGGUGGAGGGUGAUGGCUUGGUUAAAGAACUUUUUUUUCACCUUAAAACUAACAAUUUAUUCUCAGAAGGUCGGAGUAAUAAUCUCAGUAUAGUUUCAGUUUCUAAGAUGGUCAGAAAUACAGUUUUCUUUGUUGGUGGUGUUUGGUGUGCUGUAUGUUCGCAAGUAGCGCCAACUCAUUGCUAUCAGAAAAUAUACAACGGAUAAUUUACUAUCGCUUUCGUACGUAUUUCUGAGGAAUUCAAAUGGUUACUGGUGCUGUAAUUUAAUUCCUUUUCUAUCUAUGCAGUGUUGUAGAACGAGCCUUAUGCGUCUAAAAACAAAAUUGUACAUUUCUGAGAAAUAGUUCAAUGUUUAAAAAUACGUGCUGUUGAAUUUACUUUGUGCGAUCAGUUAGAUAUUAAACUACGUCGGGUGAAAAAAGCAUAUUUUAAGAAGUUGGAGUUAUAGUUCUAGAAACGUCUCAAAAUGUAAGAGUUUGCGUUCAGUUUUUAUUCAAUCAAUCUGAAAGCUAAAAACAGCUAAAUUCUUGAAGAAGUUAAAGCAUUGAGUCGACGAAAACCCGGACGAAAAGAGUCGGAACAAACAAACUUCAUUUCUAGGUUGACUGUUAUUGUUUGUCAUCUAAGUUAAUUGUCCUGACUGUUCUCAUGGGGACAAACUAUUGAUUCUGCUCUGUAAACUGAAAAGAGACUGCUAGUUAACUCACCUGUGCGCAAUCAUUUCGUGUUAUUUUCAAUCGUAUCAGCUGAGUGUUGAGUGAGUUGUGGUGUUGUGGGCCAUCUCUUGAUCUAGUUUGAUCAUGCCGAAAGGGGGAAACAGAGGCAGAGGAGGAGGAGGAGGAGGAAAUUAUCAGCAGGAUAAUCAAAACACAAGAGGUGGAGGUCAAAAUCAAAACCGCGGUGGGGGAAGAGGCGGAGGUCGAGGUGGGGACCAAAAUUACAACCAGAAUAGAGGAGGUGGAGCUCAGCAGAACCAGGGUCAACAAAACUAUAAUAACCCCAACCAGGGACGAGGCAACCGGGGGCGAGGUGGGGGCAGAGGAAGGGGUCAAAAUGAGGGCAAUCAACAGAACCCAGGGUUCAAUCAGAACCAACAGCAACCAUAUCAACCGCAACAGCAACAGGCCUCUCAUGGCUUCCCGCAGCAGCAAACUCAAGACUAUCCCGGAGCACAACGUACUCAGCCUCCCUACGUACAGCCAACGCAGACUCCACCACCUGUCCAAAGCCAGCCGCCGGGAUCAGCUUGGGGGAGAAGUGGUGGCACCGGUGGAGGUGGUGCUGGAAGUAGUGGUGGUGCGUGGGGCGGCAGAGACACUUCUGGCCAAGGUCAUCCGGCUGCAGCUCAACAGGUGCCCUAUCAGCAGCAACAACCUCAAGGGUUGACUUUCGGUGAUCCUGUUGAACUGAGACAACCGUCAGCAAGUGCCACUCAGCAACAGGCAGCAGUAUCUGCAGACCAGUCGGUUGGGCGUGGCCGAGGUCGUGGCAAGAAAAACAAAAAAGGUGGCGAUGCUCGCGAGGCCCUGGAACCUGGUUCUUCGGAAUUUUCGGGGCAACCAGGUCCACAGGGGGCUUCUGGUCAAACUGUUCCGGGGAGCUCAGCAGCAGGAGCCCAAUGGGUGGAAAGUAGUUCACAGAGACCGAAUGAAGAAGUUGGUCCAGCUGUAGUGCCGGUCGAGCAACCAAGUCGCCCACAAACGUCUAGCGCUCCGCGUGAUGAAAAUAUUGAAGUAGAAGACCUUGAAACGCCAAGCGAACUCCAGCAUUUCGCUCAGAGAGUAGAUAUCGGUGGAGGAAAUGGCACAAGUCGCAGCAGAGGAAAUGGUAUGACUCCCAUCCGCCGGCCGGACAAUGGGGGGACAUUUGGACAGAGGGUCACUCUUUUGACCAAUCAUUUCGAAAUGCGCAUGGAAAAUCUGCCCGAAUGCUAUCAUUAUGACAUAGAAAUUGAGCCCAAAAUGUCGGCUGACAGAAAACGAUCAAUUUUCAAGCAGUUUUUAAUCGAGAAAAUGAAACUGGGACAUGUGAAAGAUAAGUUUGUGUUUGAUGGGCAGAAAAACAUCUACUCGUGUCACAAAAUAACAACCGAACAAUUACCGCCGAAGAAAACUGAAAUGGAAUUUCUAAACGAAGAAACGGGACGAAAAUUCAACGCUAAAAUAACAAUUCAAUUCGCGGCUAACGUGGACUUAUCAAUGAUUUUGGAAUACAUCAGAAACCGCAAUGUUGACAUUGAAAAACCACAGCAAGCGCUUAAUGUACUGAACACAGCUUACAAGCAACUGUGUAUGGGCAUGGCUAAUUUUGUGACGUUGAAAAGGGCGACGUUUAAGAAACCGACUGGAAGGCCCAUUGAUCUAACCGGAGGUUUGGACCUUUGGUUCGGAUACCAACCGAGUGUUAUCAUGGGAAAGUGGAAAGUAUAUUUGCAAAUCGACAUAACAUCAAAAGGUUUCACUCAAGAAACUCCUAUGGUUGAUUAUGUGUCUAACUUUUUCCGGCGUCAUCCUGGUGAGUUAGAACUGGACUUUUACCAAAUGAAAAACUUGACAAAAGCCCUAUCGGGCUAUAAAAUAAAGACAACUCAUUUAGGAUACACGAAAAAGAUCCAUGAUUUCAAAGAAAACGCCUACAAAAAGAUCCCAGAUUUAAAUCAAACAGUCGAACAGUAUUUCAAGUCCCAGUACAACGUUCAACUUAAAUACCCAAACCUCCCUUUAGUUCGAAUUACACCAAAAGAAAAAGACAACUGUAUCCCUAUGGAAGUGUGCAUAUUGAAAGGCGAACAGCCCUCGCUGAAAAAACUGGACGAAGAACAGCAGUCUAGAAUGGUGAGAGAAACAGCUAUGGAUCCUUCCAGAAGAAACCAGAUGAUAAUGGAAAAACUGAACAAAGAAACGAAACCUAACAGUAGUGGAAUUUUCAAGCAAUUCAAUUUGGCCGUGAGCGAUCAAAUGGCCGAAAUUGAAGGCAGGGUUCUACCGGGACCCAUAAUGUAUGGUGGGAAUAACAGAAGUGUUCCUGCUGACCGUGGCAACUAUCGGUCUCCUGGAUUUGCACAACCGGCGACUAGUCUCAUGGGAUACGUAGUUGUAUGUCCAAGAAAAUUGGAAGAGAAAAUCGGACCUAUGGACAGUUCUAUGUCUCAAGAAGCUAGAAAAGCUGGGAUGAAUUGGCCGGUCAAUAGUCCUGUGAGGGUCUUCAACAUUGACGAUAGAAACAUUGGUACAGUUCAUAGAACACUGAGUGAAGUUGUUCAAAUGCAUAAGCAGCAACAAAAUUUCAACUUGGUGAUCAUCAUACUAUUCAAGAAAAGCGCCGACAUAUAUGGGAUGGCGAAACAUGUUUUGGACAAUGAACAUCAGAUUGCGUCUCAAGUGCUGUUACAGAGAACAAUCUCUGGUCGAGGUCCCGGACAGCCGCCUAAUCCGAUGUCAAUAAAUCAGAUUUUGCUCAAAAUCAACACAAAAAUGGCGGGAAUCAAUGUAAGAUCUUUCGAGAACUAUAUGCAAGUUAUUCAGCGAACAGGGAAUUAUGGCGAUGUUUUCCAGGAAGUUGCAAAACAGUAUGCGGAUAUUUUCAAGGAACCCUUUAUGGUUUUCGGCGCUGAUGUGACUCACCCUGAUCCGGGAGAUCAUGGGAAACCUUCGAUCGCCGCAGUCAUCGGUAGCUUGAACUCCACGUUGACACGGUAUGGCGCCCAAAUUAGAGUUCAAAGGUCACGCCAGGAGAUGAUUGAGGGCAUGAAAGUGAUGUUCAUGAAUCUAUUGAGGAAGUUCAGAGAAGUUAACAGAGGUCACACGCCGAAGAAAAUUCUGUACUAUAGAGACGGUGUCAGCGAAGGUCAAUUCUCAGAAGUUCUAAUCGCGGAAUUGCAUGCAAUGCAACAGGCAUGCAGAGAAUUGAACAGCGAAUACACACCCGCUAUUACAUUCAUAGUUGUGAACAAAAGGCAUAAGGCCAGGUUUUUUAAUUGGGGUCGCCAGAAAAACGGGCAAAAUGGCAUCAUAAACGUGACUCCAGGAACGGUGGUUGACGUCGACAUAGUUCACCCAUUCCAGUUCGAUUUCUACCUUUGUUCACACGAAGGAAUCAAAGGAACAUCCAGGCCCGCCCACUAUCACGUGCUCUACGAUGACUCUGGGUUCAAGUCGGAUACCCUUCAAAGCUUCACCUAUGCUCUCUGUCACUUAUACGCCCGAUGUACCCGUGCUGUUAGCUACCCUCCUCCUACGUACUAUGCACACCAUGCGGCCAUGAGAGCGAGACAUCACGUGGCGCAUCUGUUGUCGAUGUACACGGGAUCCGAAUCGGCACAGAGUUCGGGAAGUGGAGAUUCAGAAGGAGCGGAUCCGAGAGUAAUCGAGUACCUGAAUCAACAUUUAGUUCCUGCCUCGGAUAAUCUGCUGAGAAGUUAUCCAAUGUACUUUGUUUAAGAAAUAGUUUGAACUUAAGCUACACUUUCGCUGAAUUUUUAGAAAAAGGUGUUGAUCUAUUUACAAGGAAUCUUGAUUUAAUUUGACUAACCACUUGAUAAAUUGAAAUAAAUACAACCGUUAAUAUUGAACGAACUCUUUGAUGUGUUUUAUGUAAUAUUUUGCGAUAUACUUCCGAGUGAAAAUUUACAAUUAAAAUUUAUGGUUGAAUUAUGACUUAUCUGACG